AGGAUCGAGCUCUCUAACCGGGUCACCGUUCUUCCAUUUAAAAUCUCCAAUAGAAACGAUAAAUAAUUACUCUGGGGAGAUCGUUAAUGAACAUUUUCAAAUUAUGGUUCGUCUUCAACAAGCUCGGCCAACUUUACACUUCCUUCCUUUAGAUCUUUCCUCUCGCAUCAAUCCACGGCUCUGAUUCAAUCAGAUCUUAAGAAAACCGUGAAUCACGCCGAUCUGAUCUGCAAAACUAUUAGGGAUUCGUAGGACAACAGCAAAGAAAAAACAAAAAAGGAAGAAAUGGCGGGGGCAGCAUCGGCCCUAUUUCUUCUAGAUAUAAAGGGCCGCGUUCUGGUGUGGCGCGACUACCGUGGUGACGUCUCCGCCACUCAAGCUGAACGCUUCUUCACCAAACUCAUCGAAAAAGAGGGGGAUCCGCAGUCACAAGAUCCAGUGGUGUACGAUAAUGGAGUAACGUACAUGUUCAUACAGCACAGCAACGUGUACUUGAUGACCGCGACGAGGCAGAAUUGCAAUGCCGCUAGUCUUCUCUUCUUCCUGCACCGUGUAGUUGAUGUCUUUAAGCAUUAUUUUGAGGAGUUGGAAGAGGAAUCCCUUAGGGAUAACUUCGUAGUAGUGUAUGAGUUACUUGAUGAGAUUAUGGAUUUUGGCUACCCUCAAUACACUGAAGCAAAAAUACUUAGUGAGUUUAUCAAGACCGAUGCAUAUAGGAUGGAAGUCACACAGAGGCCUCCAAUGGCUGUUACAAAUGCAGUCUCUUGGCGGAGUGAAGGGAUAAACUACAAGAAGAAUGAAGUGUUUUUGGAUGUGGUAGAAAGUGUGAACAUACUUGUCAACAGCAAUGGACAAAUAAUUAGGUCAGAUGUUGUUGGGGCGUUGAAGAUGAGAACUUAUUUGAGUGGUAUGCCUGAGUGUAAGCUUGGCCUAAACGAUAGAGUAUUGCUUGAGGCACAAGGCCGAGCAACAAAGGGAAAGGCAAUUGAUUUGGAGGAUAUAAAGUUUCAUCAGUGUGUACGUCUUGCCCGAUUUGAGAAUGACCGGACUAUAUCCUUCAUACCACCCGAUGGCUCCUUUGAUCUCAUGACAUAUAGACUUAGUACUCAGGUAAAGCCUCUCAUCUGGGUCGAAGCUCAAGUUGAAAAACAUUCAAGAAGCCGUGUUGAGAUUAUGGUAAAAGCCAGGAGUCAGUUCAAGGAGCGUAGUACUGCAACAAAUGUUGAGAUUGCGGUGCCUGUGCCUGCUGAUGCUUCCAGUCCAAAUGUGCGGACAUCAAUGGGAUCUGCAGCAUAUGCACCUGAAAGUGAUGCUUUGAUGUGGAAAAUAAGAUCUUUUCCAGGUGGCAAGGAGUAUAUGUUGAGGGCAGAGUUUACUCUUCCUAGCAUAACAGAUGAAGAGGCGACUCCAGAGAGAAAAGCUCCUAUACGUGUGAAGUUUGAGAUUCCCUAUUUUACUGUUUCUGGAAUACAGGUUCGUUAUCUGAAGAUUAUUGAGAAAAGUGGUUACCAGGCUCUUCCAUGGGUACGGUACAUAACAAUGGCUGGCGAGUAUGAACUGAGACUUAUUUGAUAGCCAUUCCUUUAUGUUCACAUUUGCAAUUGCCUUGAGUUUUCAUGAGUUGGAAUCAGUGGGACAUAAGGACACAGAAACUAGUCGAUAUACAAAGCCCUGUGAAGAGCAUGCAAGAGUGGUUUGUGGUGAAAAAUCUUUUCUGCUUCAUGUUAUACUGUCUGUGCAUUAUAAUUGUUUUAUCUAAUAGUUGUCCAAGAGUUUAUGAUCACCAAGAACGUUUACGUCACCCUUUAUUUUUUUUUUAUUAAAUUACAAAUUGAAUACUGUGAACUUUCUUCUUCCUUUUUGUCAAUGAUUUAUUGUUUGAAUGUGUUUUCCA